AUGUCGGACUCCAGCGAUGACCACAACCUCGAGAAGGGCGGUACCGAUGUCAGACACGAAGACAUGUUGAAACGCGUUCGAACCGCGGGCAGCGUCACAAUCUCUCCUGAGAUCUUCGAGUCAAUGUUCUUGGCUCCUAAGACUCAGGUAGCUGGUUCCCUCCGAGUAACCUUUGGUAACCCAACUGGCAUUGCCAUCGCUGGUUUCCUCCUCUGCACGACUCCUCUUUCGAUGGAACUUCUCGGCUGGCGAGGUGCAGGUGGUCUUGGUGCAGCAACGGUCGGUGCAUACUUCUUCCUCGGUGGCCUGAUGCUCACACUUGGUGGUAUCGGUGAAUGGAUCCUCGGCAACACAUUCCCAGCUAUCGUGUUCACUUCAUUUGGCGGCUACUGGUUCACAUUCGGUGCAACUCUGGUUCCUGGAUACGCAGCCUACGCUUCAUACGCAACCGAUCCGGCCAACCCAGCUUCUGGAAUGAAUCCAACCUUCUUCGCUUCAUUCGCUUUCUUCCUUGUUGCGAUGUGCAUGCUCUGCUGCGUAUACUGUGUUGCAGCACUCAGGACAAAUAUUGCGUUCUUCCUCAUCUUCUUGAUGCUGAUUCCAUGCUUUGGCUGUCUCGCGGCUGCUUUCUUCGCUCUUGCUGAUGGCAACACAGCAGGCGCAGUGGUAUACCAACACGUCGGGGCUGCACUUCUUCUAGCAGUGACAAUCGUCGGUUGGUGGAUCUUCAUCGCCUUGGUUCUCCUAGCCGUCGAUUUCCCAUUCUUGAUUCCUCUUGGUGAUCUGUCGACUCACAUCAAGGGUUUCAGUGACCGACAGAAGGCUAAGAGCGGUUAA